GGGGCAGAGCGACGCUUAUUUCUGCCAGAUUCUUUCGUUUCUUUGUGCAAAAACGCGUCGAAUAAACCAAACUUCAUCGAUUUUUGAGCUGGCCGAGCUAUUCUGUAUAAUUACCGUGUUUUUAAAAAUGGAUUUCAACCAAUCUAAUUUGGAAAUGGAAAACGAAGAAGUGAUGAGUGAGGAAUAUUUAGAUGAAAUUGAAACACUCGUGUUGGAAGGCAUUUAUAGUAUAGAAGAUAAAGUUCAAGAUGACUUGGAUCUGAUUGCACUCGUUGAAGGCAACCCCAGAUUUUAUGUUAAAGGAAAAGCGGGUUAUCGCAACGUACAUGAAAAGGAUAUGGCAUGGGUUUCUAUAGACAAAGCUUUGAAACAUCCAAUAAGUGGAUCAGAAGCAAAGCACAGAUGGGCACGUUAUGAAAUCUCUAUGGUCGUGCAAGGCGAGAAAUAUUUUAUCAUUAAUAGAACAACAGGGACGGUCGGGCUCAGGAAAAGAUAAUGUGUCAUACGAAGACUUGUUGACACCACAAAGCAUGGCUAUUCAUCGUUUUAUGGCUCAUCUGUACAUUCCACGAAAAAUCAGAAGAAUCGACAACAUCUUCAUUAAAGGAUUCACCAGUAGCCUCUUCUACUUGGAACAAAAAUCUUGUUUCGAACAUUUCUGAAAUAUUGAUAGUCAAUCAAGUGAGUACUCAUUCAAAGUACUUAUAUCCGAUAUAAAAAAAAGAAAGAAGACAGAUAUUGAGACAGAGUCUAUGAUUAAAGAAUCAUCAAAAGCUAUUACUGCAGUUUGCUCAACUUUGCCAACAUUGCUAAGCAAUAAUUCCAAAGAAGCAACUUCUAAGGAGGAUACAGAAGAAGAUAAAAGUAUUAUGAUCAUCUUAUUACAAGAGUUGCCUGUGUACUGUACAAAACGUGUGCCUGUACAACAAAGAACAAAAUGUUUGAUUAAACUAUUAGAGGUAUUCGAAUUAUUUCAUAGAGGAUGAAUAACUGCGUAGUUAUUAUGGACAGAA